AAAGUGGCAAAGUGAAACGACCGAGAAAGGAUCUGUUAACGUUGUUGGCCAAUGAUUUGGCUUUUCAGUGGAAGCUACAACACUUUUUUCACCCUUGCAUCAAAAUAUAGCGUUGUCUUGUUGAAUUCUCGGUUUGCUGGCUGGUUAGAUCGAUGGAAUAGUCGCCAGACGCAGAGGAUCAACACGACACGUACUUCCGGAAUACUGCACGCUUCAGUGAAGCAACAUUGAAAGCCUAAAGGGAAUUAUAGAAUGGCUCAACAAAGCUUGAACGUAAGUCACGCUCCACAAAUGAAAUAAAUUUCUUUCAGGAGGGUAGUAUGCUUAAUAGGUUGUUGUUUUAUAAAGGUUUAUACUCAACGCUUUAAGUGAAAAUGACAAUGGAAACCACAAGGACUUAUACAUUUGUAAAGUGACGUGCUAUUUUACUACAGGAGCCGGAGCCAGUAGUCUCAGUUUGUCUUUUUCUUGGCCAAAACAUUGCUGUUGUCCAGGAUUCACUAGGAUUGGAUCAGGAGCCGAUUUUGAUUGGGGACAUUUAAAUAGGUCAAAACAAGGUAGCAAAAACGAAAUGAAUACUUUUAGGGAGUUUUCCGUUUUGGUCAGAAGUAUUUACGCUUAAGUAAGCUUUACUACUGUUAUUUAAUAUUCAUCCAAAAUAUUUAUCGGUUUCUAAUUGUCUCAAAUCCCUAGCUAAUCCUUCAUAACCAGCCAUCGUUGGCGUACGAUUUCACAGUCAUGACCCGAACAAAAAGUGGAACUUCUGACGAGAGUAGCAAAAAUACCCCAGGGAGGGGGGGUAGUUACUCAAUAUUUUUUUCUUUAAGGGAGACUCCGUCUCGAGUUCCAACCUCUUACUCUUUUAUAUAUCAUUUUAAACAGAAAGGUACCCCUUUCCUAUACCUUCUAUUGACAAAAUUAAUGGUACCACCUACCCUUUUUAGAACUUUGCAUUCUUUUUAGCUGCUGUUAAUGGACUGUCUUUAAAAUAUCAAUAAAUCACAAGACCAGAAUUUUUCAAAGCCAUAAAAUGGAUUUGCCAGCCUACAUGUGCCUUUUUACACACAGAAAUGACAGACUUACCUACCCUUUCAUAUGCUUCAACUGGUGAAAUCCCUACCACCCCCCAUAUAACUGAAGACUGAAAAAGGUACCCCUCUUGGAAGUACCCCUGGGCAAAAAUACCAUCAGUGAACAUGAUUACACUGUCAGGUUAGAUGAUGGUAUCUUUGUCAAAUCACGCUAAAACUUUGAAAGAAAAAGUCGUCAGCCAGCAACAAAUAUUUAUAUUCUAUUGAUUCUUUUUUCCUGGAGUAAGUUUUAUUUCCCAUACAAACUCUAGCUUAACUGAACAAUAAAUGAAUGAGGCUGAGUAUCUUAUGAAGAAUUAUGGAGAUUAAGGAGAGUGUUAUCCGUCGAGGCCGUAGGCCGAGGCAGAUAACACCCUCUGAGAUCUCCAUAAUUCUUCAUAUGAUAGGAAAGCCGAAUUCAGUAAUUGUUUUAUUAUUCAUUCAAAAUAAUUCCUACCUGGUUAUGGUGUAUUAUGCGUGUGCUUUUAGCCAAUCAGAAUCGGGGAAAUAUUUUGAAUGAAUAAUAAUCUCAUUUAUUUGUUGGCCCACCUGUGGUUAAACUUUUUGGCUAGUUAAUCAUACACCUAAUUGCAAUAACCUUGUCAUAGAAAAAUGGAAAAGUGGAAAAAGCCAAAUAUGAAUUAAUAAUAUUAGGCUAAUUAUAUUGCCUUCUCAGCGUGGAUUUAUUUGCAGUUGUUGCAUUUCCUGCUAGAAUCUUUUUUAUUGUUUUUCAAUUAGCCAAUAAUUUGAUUGGCUAUAAUCAGCAGCCCUGAUUUCAGAAUUAAUAGGACUGAGUAUAGGAAAGUAUGCCUCGCCAUGCCUAUAAGUAAUCAGACAGUAUGUAUGCAGACUCCACUCAGUUCUAUUACCAUUAUUUUAAGAGCACCAAACGAGAAAUUCAAUUGACUUUUCAAUUAAUUAUUUUGAUUGUCUGAGAAUAUUACUAUGUAAUCUUACAAUUUAUUUAGUCCUUGUAAUAAUUCUAAAUAGUUAAUAAUAAUUAUUAAUCUCUCAUAGGACUGUAUCUGUACUACUACCAGAAGUUUCUAUCCUUAUUACCAGUGUGAAUAUACAAAUAGCCAUUUUGUGAAGGAGGGAUUGAAACGUCUCUUGAGUGACAGAUACAAAGAUGACUUUGCCUUCUUUACAAACCACUUUGUUCAUCCCACACUGAGUCUUCUUAGCAGAUUAAAAGAUCAGGUAUGUCAGUGAAAGUUUUACUUUUUGAAAUACAUGUAUUACUCAUGAAAAUGACAUACAGGGUGUUAUAUAUUUUUCAUUUGUCCUUGAAAAGUAAAAAACCAAAAGAUAUAUUUAGGGGAAUAUAACUGAGAAAAGUUGGUACAUGCCCCUUCAUAAGAAUGAGCAUGAGUAGUCCAACAUUUGAAGAACAUGUUAAUGAGAUGGUGAUGAAGCAGCUGGCAGCUCUCAGCAAGUUAAGAUCCCCCCUAACAUUAUAUGCAGCCAGUGCCAUCUACAUAGUGCUUUUAUGUCACUGAUUGUUGUGAUAUCUGCUGUAGAAGUGUGGGAUCUACUCUGGCUGAAAAAUUUGAAAGGCUUCAGAAGAGUGCAUGGAGGGUCGUGCUAUUCGAGAAGGACCCGACAACAACCCAGUGUCACCUACUAACUAGAAAUAUGUGUAUCGCAGAACCUCACAAUUAAGCUCAGGGGAAGGCCCAUAAAAUGUCAGGGAUGGAAGAGGGAGAGAAUUGGAGUAAACUGUGUAGAUUGGGAGGGUGAGUUUCAACACUGGCUCUAAUAUUGGAAGGUGAGACAUAGUUAAUCUCCUUUUGGUUGGAGUACAUUUCAACCCAGUGCUCUGUCAUUAAGAUGGAUUUUCUGGGUUUUAAAUUGGGUUGGUGUUGUUAAGGAAGGGUAGCCAAUGUUUCAUACGUCCCAUGUGUGUUCACACCAUUUAACCCUCCUACAUGUGUAAUUAAAGUCAUAGAAAAUGGGUGUGAUUUUAACUGAUAGUGAAUAGCUGCAGGCGAAUAUGCAGCUAACCCAUGCUAUCUUAAAUGUGUCAUCAAUAGUGAGUGGAUGAAAUGGUAGGAGAUAAUACUGCAGUGAAAAUAACAAGUAAAUGCAUUGUAAUUGGAGAUAAAAAUAUUCAUUUUUUUUUUUAAGUGAACUACUGAGAGCGUUUGCACUUGAAUGUAGUACAUACUAUUAUUAAUCACACUUGACAACUAAUAAACUUAUUGUUUGCAACAGUAAGGCGCAAACAUCAUCACUUACACUAAACUAGAAAAUACAAAUGUAGCAGUGUGAUAUUUUUCCUAUUUUAUCCCGUUUUUUGCCUUUUUCUCCCGCUGCGGAGACUGGUCCCAGGCUGUGUCAUUAAGGAUGCAGUUGAGGAUAAUUUUGAAAGUGAUCAUCACUCAUGAUUAUUGAAUAUGUGGUACCCUCAUUGGCACUGAAACUUAUCCCUGUAAAAAAUACCAAAUCAUUUAUGAAAGUGUUAACAGUUAUUUGUGGGGGGUCUUUGAACUUGGAAAUCCUGAGGGGAGGGCGGGCUCAAGUAGUUUUGGAAAUUCAGGUGGAAGUUGGGGGGGGGGGGGGUCAAAAAACUGUGCCAUCUGUCGGGGGGAAGGUGUGGAUUUUUUCUGGAAGAACCAAUUUGUGUGAAAUGUCCACACAUAAGUAGUAUUGAAGGUGAUCCAUUUUUCAAUUCUCAACGUGCAUGAGCUUGUUGAGACAUGGUGCCCAGAGGCAUAGUUUUGUAAAUUCUCAGACUGACAGUCAAAUGUACUACCCACUUUAACUCACCAAGUGAAUUGACAAUUUGUCCAGAUAUUAAUGAAUUCCAAAUUCCAGUCAGAACUUCGUGUAUUAGACACAGAUUAUGUAAAACAAAGGACUGCUUUGUUUUCUGUUCUGGGAAAAUCUGCCCUUAUUGGUCCUGUUUCGUGCUUUUUGUUCUUUUGCUUCAUAUGUCAUCUGUGUGCAGGAAAAAAUAAUCCCCAAACUUCCAUCACAGACAUCACAGCCAUCCUGCAGUCCACCUAUUUAUUACAUCAAUUUAUCAUGAAUGUUAAUUAUGUGCAGAAUGGUUGGAUCUUGUAGGAAGCCCUAUAUCUGAUUGUUGUUUCAUUUCUUGAAACAGUAUUCUGCCAUUAGAACAUGUUUUGGUGAAUAUGCAGGAAUAUGUCACCUCCCUCUGACUUCUUUAUAAAAGUUAAAUUUUCCCUGAGUUAUACUGAAAUUCCCUGACUUGUUAAAUUGUCCCUUAUGGGGAAAAGAAUUAAUUUUCCUUGCAUGGUGACACAAUGUCACACACAAAUAUUGUGAGGAUCCAGAUCCAAAAUACAGAUGUUCUUUUCGAAGGAUUGAAAAAAGGAGGCUUAAGGCCAUGCAGCAAUAAUAAAUUUUUGUUAUGCGUGACUUAAAAGACACAGCUGUGUUUAUGUAUACUUAGAUAAUAUAUAUAUAAUAUAUUUUACUUGGGAUGGUUUUGGGGAAGUAAAUGUCAUGAAAAUUAUUGUAAAUGAAAAUUUGUACAGCCAGUAUUUGGUUUUCAAAUGUAAGGCUUCCCUAUACAUGCCACACAUUAUCGGUGUUCUAAACUGUUCAUUGUAAAAUAAAGCUUACUGCAAAACCCAUUGUUGCUCAAGGUGUAUAAAGGCUGAUUGGUGUCCAGAGUCUGGUGGAAAGAUAUUCUUGAUGUGCAUUGUACAGAUCAUGUAACUGACUUGCUGCCUAUCACUGCAUUGAAGAAGAUAAUUUUGAAUGUAAACUUCAAGCAUUGCCUGAUCUUCUUGUCGCUUCUUGAAGUGUCGGCAGUCGGUGUUCCCUCUCUUCAUCAGUUUUGUUUACAGUGUAUGUAGUGUGUUGUCACUGCCUCUGUACAUGUUUGUGCAGGUUGCUGUGUUGACGACGUUGCCUUCACUGUGCUAUUUUGGUGGUUGUCUUCUUCGAUCCUCUUGCCAAUGAAUUUUAAUCAGCGUUCUCCAGAGGAGUUUUGGUGGAAAAUCUUCCACGGUGAGGAUUUCCAGCCACUUGUUGUGCUUCCUGUUCUGUGUCAUUUGCACGGGGAAUUGCUGGUGAUUCACCAAUUGUAAACAUUGUUUCACAGACAAUGAAUUACAAACACAUCAGCCUUUCAUCAAUAAAACAUAAAAGUGCACCCUGGUCAUCGGUAGCAAAGUCUAUGUUGCCUGGAAACACAAAAUGCUCCAUUACAUAACGCUGCAUGAUGUCAUUGUCAGACACCAAGCGACAUAAGAGCCACAGGGGACCCAAACACGGUAUUCAGCUAAUAAAUUAAUCAGUUGUUAUUUACCUGUGUUUCAUGAGUCUUUAUUUAUGAGUCGUUUUGGAAAGGAUUUCAACGUGAUCAGAGUCGGUUAACAAUUGCCAGUAUCAGUAUCAAGUGUUUGGUUGUCUGGUGCGUCAUACAUAGGAUGCAGGAUGAGACAGUUAUGUCUCAAUAAUAUUGAAACCUGAGAUUGUCUCCUAAGGAGAGUCAAUAGUUAACUUGAGACGUAACUGUCGCAUACAAUGCGCCAGACAAGCAAACAUUUGAUACCGGCAAUGUUAACUGUCUCUGAUCACAUUCAAAUCCCUUCCAAAACAGGUCAUAAAGACACAGGAACACAGGUAAAUACAUCUUAUUUUAUUAGCUAAUACAGCAUUCAGGUUCCCCUGUGGAUGGGCCUUGCAAUUUUGCAGUUGGCUAAGACCACGCGCAGGUUCACAUGAUGUGUUCACACUUUGCACGCGAUGACAUUGUAAACUUGAUUCACCUCUUCGCUCAGAAUAACUAAGUAGGUGGUAACAACUCCUCCUUCUCCAUAAUACUCAACCUCAUUCAAUGUUGUUAAUCUGCUGCCAUCUUUAAGAGCAACAAACUAAUCAUAUUUGAAUGUUGAACAACAGAAAGUCUCAAAAUGGAAGGUGGUUCUUUAAGUAAAAUGAAGAACUCAGAUAUCUUUGUAUCUUUGCAGAAUUUUCCUCUUUGUUUGCGUAAUGGUAAAGUUGUCCUUCACCUGGUGCCACCUCAGGAUAUUAGAAUGAUAAUUGGUGAAUUCUUUUACCAGGUGAGCAGCAAAGAUUAAACCAGAGAAAUAAAGGCUCUGAAUGGGCAAUUAUGUUCUACUGCAUAAAAUGAAGUCGCAUUCUCCAUCUCAUUGUGGAUUAUAAAGACUAUGAUAUCUUAAACAGUUUUAGUAUACUUGUCUCAUUUAAGACAAAAUACCUCAAGUGACAAUAACUAUAAGGUGAAAACAAAAUAUAGUCCUGUAGAAAGGGAUGCAAACUGNCAAUUUUGCAGUUGGCUAAGACCACGCGCAGGUUCACAUGAUGUGUUCACACUUUGCACGCGAUGACAUUGUAAACUUGAUUCACCUCUUCGCUCAGAAUAACUAAGUAGGUGGUAACAACUCCUCCUUCUCCAUAAUACUCAACCUCAUUCAAUGUUGUUAAUCUGCUGCCAUCUUUAAGAGCAACAAACUAAUCAUAUUUGAAUGUUGAACAACAGAAAGUCUCAAAAUGGAAGGUGGUUCUUUAAGUAAAAUGAAGAACUCAGAUAUCUUUGUAUCUUUGCAGAAUUUUCCUCUUUGUUUGCGUAAUGGUAAAGUUGUCCUUCACCUGGUGCCACCUCAGGAUAUUAGAAUGAUAAUUGGUGAAUUCUUUUACCAGGUGAGCAGCAAAGAUUAAACCAGAGAAAUAAAGGCUCUGAAUGGGCAAUUAUGUUCUACUGCAUAAAAUGAAGUCGCAUUCUCCAUCUCAUUGUGGAUUAUAAAGACUAUGAUAUCUUAAACAGUUUUAGUAUACUUGUCUCAUUUAAGACAAAAUACCUCAAGUGACAAUAACUAUAAGGUGAAAACAAAAUAUAGUCCUGUAGAAAGGGAUGCAAACUGCUCUGAGCUUAAGCUACAUGUAGCUUUCAUCGGCAUUCACCCAUGAGCAAAUAGUAAAUUGGUAAUUGACCAAUCUCUUUUGUUAUGUUAUUAAAUGUCUUUAAUAACCACAAGUGUCUAACUUGGCAGGUAGGUCACACUAAUCCUGGCUCACUGGUUGUUAAAUUUGCCAAGUAUGAGAAUAAAGGAAGAACAGUGAAUGAACUGCAGCGUGCAACAGUCGAUGAGAAGGACUAUGAUAUUGCCUUCACAAAAGAGUACUUUGACCAAGCACGAAGUGCCGCAGGUACACUUGGAGAUGUAUUGAUGCGCACCAUAAUUGUUGCAAAUCACCCAGAUUGGUCAACUGAUAAAGAAGAUGCUGUUAAUCAUCUUCAGAAAGUAAGUAUGCCAUAUUACAAUGAUAUGCGUGAUGUUUUUAAGCAUAAUUUUAAAUGAUUUUAAUCACCAUGUGUGGGCCUGAAAGGAAUGAUUGGUAUUCCGUAGUGUGAUAGGAGCUUCUCAGUGAUCAAUUUUGUUCCAUGUUGUUUACUUUCAAGCAAAAUAAUCUUUAACAUCAUUAUUCUUAAAAAUAUGCAGCCAUACAUGUAUACAAACAGUAUGUUGUAUGUUGAGUAACAAUUCCAUAUUCUAAGUGGAUUGUUUUUGCCAAUAUAUAGUGCCCGGAACACAGGCAUGGAAGACUGAGGUCAGAAUCCCACCUGUCUGUAGAAGAAAGCUGUGAUGACAAAUCUAUUACCAGUGAACAAGUGGAGCCUCAUUCACCUCGUGAAAAUAACGACUCCUGCAGUUCAAUAGAUGAUGUGUUAAUGAGGCAAAUCUCUAGUUCCUCGGGCUGAGUCAGCCUUAGGAACUCAACCCAGAGAUGGUCGGUUUUUGUUAAAUGAAUGUACAGCUUAAGAGGGAAUAUCACACAGAAAUAAGUGAUGGAGCUAUUUACUAAAUAUGUACUUACAUCAUUAUCUAUAGUCCAAGUAACUAGUGUGUAAUACCUUAUACCUGAUGAAGAAAGCCAUGUAUCAAUACUCUAUGUUGUACAGCAAAUCCUGAAGCAGGCAAGUGCCUCUGGUGCUGUAUUGACUCCCGGAGUGUUUGUCAGUAUUUUGUAGCGUUUUGGUUGAAGUGUUUUAAAAUGUAAAUUGGCAACAAGCUCAAACAUUAUUUCUAAACUGCAGUUUGUUUGGUCACAAGAAUAACAGUUAGUUUUUUUUGGAGUGUCAGAAGAGUGUGUCAUUUACCAAAUGCAAAAGAAAAUAUGUUUAUUUUAGACUUUAUUUAUUGUGUUUGUUCCACAUUCAUAAAUGUAGGAGGACAGCCGAUAACACCCUCCGAGAUCUCCAUUAUUCUUCAUGAUUACACGAGUGCAGAAUUCAAUAAUUGUUUUAUUAUUCAUUCAAAAUAAUUCCUAGUUUAAAAACAUAGCUAAAACAAGUUUACCUCCAUCGAUUUUAAGUUCAUCUUUGAUAGUGCACGUUUAGGGUCGUUCAGCUCCGCAAAUAUUCUCCAAAUAGCAGAUGCUGCCCUUUGAGUUGUCUUCUUGUUGUUCUUGCCAUGUUUUAGCUAUUAUUUUGCCUAGUUAUUAAUAUGAAACAAGUGAAAUGUACACCAUUUUUGUUUUCACAACCAAAACAACUCAACCUAGCCCCCAGGUCUUCUCGGUUAAUGUUGCAUUAACCUGCAUGAAGGCUGCACUUUUGACGUGGACAUUGGUUCAUUAAUUGCAAAAUUCUUCCAAAUUUGGUCAUCAGUUGCUGGUUAUGGUGAAUUAUGCGUGUGCUUUUAGCCAAUCAGAAUUGGGGAAAUUUUUUGAAUGAAUAAUAAUUGUAUUUAAAUUAUCAAAGGUGAACAUUAGGUUAGUUAUAGGAAUUACCAUCAGAGUCGGAAUUUAGGGUUAUUGUGUAAAUAAAAAAGUCUUAAAACUUCAUGCCAUAAUACAUUGACAGUGUGCAAUACCUUUCUUUUCAUUGGCUAAGAGCCUACAGUUAAUUGUGGAAAUCAGCACACCCUACAGAUUAUUUACUAAUCUGCAAGUAGAUUAACCCAUUCGCCUCUGAACCGCCCAUAACCGCCCGUGCGGAUCCAGGUCCUUUUUACCCGAUGUGACGUCAUCAGUUUUAACGGUCAAGGACAACUUUCUUCACUAACUUGUGCAGAGUGAAGAGAUCUUUCAAACCAUACCAGAAUGAGCACAAUUUAGUCAAGGGCACCGGAGAAACAAGCAAAAAACCAUGUGACAUUGACCUGAAAAUCUCGUUCCAUUACCCACCUACCUUUCCUUUCGCCUAAUCCUAAGAUCCUAAAAGCUUUCCUAAAAACUCUUCCCACCAAAAUCAAGCCUACUAAAUGCCCAGCAAGCGAAAAAAAAAAUGAGGCAAGAAAAGGAAAAAAAGAAGGGAGGAGAGAAAGCGAAAAGUAAAAGUCAAGACCGCUGUGUCACUUUUAAACCCAAAAACUAUGUCGAAAUUUUGCUUUCUGCGCAUGCCCGAACUUCGCAAGCUGAUAUUUUGCAUCUGGAUCAGAAGGCCGCGAAGUGUUCGACCUGUAAACCAGUUUGUGGUAAGUUUUAGCUCUUUAUAGCAAGACAGUGACCAGAAAACCACUCGACUAGCUUCAAAACGCGUUUUUCGGCAAAAUCUCCAGGAGCGAAUGGGUUAACAAGUAUUGAGAAUUAUAAUAUUAAUCUUGUGGAAUUACCAGUUUCCAUAUUAUUAGCCACUAUACAUCUUUGAAGUGAAAUAUGGACAGGUUAAAGGUUUAAAUAUAAAUGGAAUUAAUUAGAAAUUAUUAUUUUGCCAAGUUUCUGUAUAUACUCUUACCAGCAACCUUGCUUUUCAACAGAAAUUGAUAUUUCUACAAAAGUUUUA